AUGGACUACUCUGGACCAUACUUCAAUACAGUCCAACACAGGUACAUAUUAGUAGCCGUGGAAUACGUCACUGGUUUAACUAUUGCAGUGCCAACAUUGCACAAAGAUGCAGAUAAUGCAAUCAGUCUUUUACAAUCAAUCAUCCUGAUCAUGUCAGCACCCACAGAAUUAGUUACAGAUCAAGGUAAAGAAUUUUCAUCAGAAGCAUUAGCUGUCUUAUGUGAACAGAAUAAUAUACAACACCACACCACUUCUGCUCACCAUCCAAGAGGGAACGGCAGAGUGGAGAAGGUGAAUCAUUUAUUGAAAAAAAUAUUGAAAGCAUUAACUAAUGAUACCAUGCAAGACUGGGAUUUUAAAUUAUAUAACGCUUUAAGAAUUUAUAAUGCUACUCCUACAAUUUUCAACUACACUCCACUUUAUCUAGCAUUUGGAAUUGAACCACACCAUAACUUAAAUCAAUUACAAAAAGAUUUAAUUGAGAAUUUGCAAAGAGAAUUGCCCCCAGAGGUCCCAUCUACAGAAGAACAUGAAGACAACCCAAAUAAUGAACAACAAGAAGAGGGCAGAGAACAACAAAUUUCAAGGGAAGAACAGGAAUAUGGCAGAGAUCUUGUACAUUUAAGAAUUUACGAAUUGGAAGCAAUAAAGAGAGCUCGCAAGGUACACACAAAUUUGAAAACACGAAGAAAUGCAGUUCAAAAUAUGUUAAAGGAACCAUAUGGAAUUCCAGCACCUUUUACAAAAGGACAAUGGGUAUACAGAAUUAGAGCUAAAGCACGUAAAUAUGAAUCAAAUUUUGAUGGCCCAUACCAAGUUCAAGAAGUAUUAGGUAAAGGUGCAUAUAAAUUGAGAGACAUCACUGGAAGAGAAAAGGGAAUCUAUAAUCAAGACCAGUUGAAGUUAGCAUAUUCAGCAGACAACGAUCCAAUACAAGUUUUUAGUUCUUUUAAUAAAGAAUAUGAUCGGGUACAACAAAAAUUGUUAGACAAAAUUCGAUCGGAAAGAGAUCAUCAAUUAAAUUGUUUGUCAGUUCAACAUUUACAUAGACAAAGAAGAUUACUCGAUAUAUCCAGCUGUCUUGAUUCAAAUCUGCAAUAA